AUGCAGAUUGUUCAAUGGCUGUUUAAAAAGGAACAAGAACAAGAAAGAAAGAAAAGCACCUUCAAUGAAAAAUAUGAUAAAGUGAAAGAGAUUAAUGUACUAAAGCAUGAUGGAUCAUAUAAAAGGACAAAGAGAUUCUUAUGUAUUAAACAUGGAUACAAGAAUUUGAAGAUAUUCUCUUUUCUGUAUAAAAAAGACAUUCCAAAGGCUUGGUUUUUCAGAACUCUCAACAUAAGGAGAAUAGGCUUUAAUAGAAGACAUUUUGUUUACUCGAUGAAAACGAAGGAGGAAGCGAUCGUUAACAAGACCGACUCGACGAUUCAUGCAGGGAACAAAGUUUUGCCAAUAACUCAUGAGACACCAUUGUCAUCUUCAUCGAAAAGAAAUGAGCAAGGUGAUAUAUGUAUAACUAAAAAGAAACCUACUUCUAGAAUGAAAGAGUUACUUAGAUGGGCUGCUUCUGCUAGAACAGAUAAAGGAGGAAAAUUCUAUGGAAGAAAGGUUUUGAUAAUGUUGCGACGGCGCGGAAACGUGAAAGCUGUUCAAGAUGAUGAUGAAGCUUUGAGUGAUUCACCAAAGAUCAGUUUCAGAUGGGAUGUAGAAAGCUGCUCCACCACUUCUUCUGCCUGCUCAGCUUUCUCAAUGGCUUCUUCAACAAGAAAUGGAGAGAAGAAAGUUGCAACUUCCACUAUAUCACUCCCUCCUUCAGAAAGUGGUUACACUCCUUGUAGAAAAGGAAGCUGGAUCACAACAGAUUUUGAAUUUGUGGUGUUGGAACUAUGA